AUGAAGAGAACAGACGAUGAGGACAGGGAGGAACAGGGUUUAAAUGCAACAAGGAGACAGUCAGAGGGAACUCGGGACAACUGGAGACAUUUAAGGAUGCAGGGACUAACAGAGAUGGGGAAGAAGUCUCAUCGUGGAGAAACACCUCUGAGCUUCAGCCGCUGUCAUGGGAGUGAUGAUGAGGGUGUUGAACAGUCCCAGUCUCAGAGGAAGUCUCCUGGAGGUGGUCCUGCUGUCGAACAGCCUGGUAUCAAACCAGUGCUCCCAGCAGCUCUUGAACUGGGGACCCCCAUAGAGGAGCACCGACUGAGCAUGAACCUCGGCCUUCCUCAGCUACGACACUGCAGUCAGAAAGGAAACCUGAUGCUGCUGAUGUCUGACGGUGGCGUGAGUCGUAUACGGGAGCUGGCUCAUUUCGGAGUGGACCAGGAGAGCUCAGAGGUUCCCAGUGGUCAGUCUGCCCAGCAGCAUCAAACACAGCUGGACUCCAUAUUUAUGGUGUGUACAAAACACUUUGCUGCAGUUUGUCAGCAUAAACUUAAAUCUGCACUGAAGAAGAAGUUCCAGUGUGUGUUUGAGGGGAUUGCUAAAGCAGGAAACCCAACCCUUCUGAAUCAGAUCUACACACAGCUCUGCAUCACAGAGGGAGGGACUGCAGAGGUCAAUGAUGAACAUGAGGUCAGACAGAUUGAAACAGCAUCCAGGAAAUCAGACAAACCAGAAACAACAAUCAGACAAGAAGACAUCUUUAAAGCCUCACCUGGAAGAGAUGAACCAAUCAGAACAGUGCUGACAAAGGGCGUGGCUGGCAUUGGGAAAACAGUCUUAACACAGAAAUACAGCCUGGACUGGGCUGAAGACAAAGCCAACCAGGACAUCCAGUUCAUAUUUCCAUUCACUUUCAGAGAGCUGAAUGUGCUGAAAGAGGAAAAGUUCAGCUUGGUGGAACUUGUUCAUCACUUCUUUACUGAAACCAAAGAAGCAGGAAUCUGCAGCUUUGAAGACUUCCAGGUUGUGUUCAUCUUUGAUGGUCUGGAUGAGUGUCGACUUCCUCUGGACUUCCACAGAACUACAAUCCUAACUGACCCUAGAAAGUCCACCUCAGUGGAUGUGCUGCUGAUAAACCUCAUCAGGGGGAAACUGCUUCCCUCUGCUCACCUCUGGAUAACCACACGACCAGCAGCAGCUAAUCAGAUCCCUCCUGAUUGUGCUGACAUGGUGACAGAGGUCAGAGGGUUCACUGACCCACAGAAGGAGGAGUACUUAAGGAAGAGAUUCAGAGAUGAGGAGCAGGCCAGCAGGAUCAUCUCCCACAUCAAGACAUCACGAAGCCUCCACAUCAUGUGCCACAUCCCAGUCUUCUGCUGGAUCACUGCUACAGUUCUGGAGGAUGUGCUGAAAACCAGAGAGGGAGGACAGCUGCCCAAGACCCUGACUGAGAUGUACACCCACUUCCUGGUGGUUCAGGUCAAAAUGAAAAUGGUCAAGUAUGAUGGAGGAACUAACACAGAUCCACACUGGAGUCCCGAGAACAGGAAGAUGAUUAAAUAUCUAGGAAAACUGGCUUUUGAUCAGCUGCAGAAAGGAAACCUGAUCUUCUAUGAAUCAGACCUGACAGAGUGUGGCAUCGAUAUCAGAGCAGCCUCAGUGUACUCAGGAGUGUUCACACAGAUCUUUAAAGAGGAGAGAGGACUGUACCAGGACAAGGUGUUCUGCUUCAUCCAUCUGAGUGUUCAAGAGUUUCUGGCUGCUCUUCAUGUCCAUCGGACCUUCAUCAACUCUGGACUCAAUCUGCUGGAAGAACAACAAACAACCCUCAAAUUCUCUAAAUUAUUUGACAAACCAAAACUUCAAUCUCUCCACCAGAGUGCUGUGAACAAGGCCUUACAGAGUCCAAAUGGACACCUGGACUUGUUCCUCCGCUUCCUCCUGGGUCUUUCACUGCAGGCCAGUCAGACUCUCCUACGAGGCUUCUUCACACAGACAGGAAGUAGCUCACAGACCAAUCAGGAAACAGUCCAGUACAUUAAAAAGAAGCUCAGUGAGAAUAUGUCUGCAGAGAAAAGCAUCAAUCUGUUCCACUGUCUGAAUGAACUGAAUGAUUGUUCUCUAGUGGAGGAGAUCCAACAGUCCCUGAGAUCAAGAAGUCUCUCUACAGAUAAACUGUCUCCUGCUCAGUGGUCAGCUCUGGUCUUCAUCUUACUGUCAUCAGAAAAAGAUCUGGAUGUGUUUGACCUGAAGAAAUACUCUGCUUCAGAGGAGGCUCUUCUGAGGCUGCUGCCAGUGGUCAAAGCCUCCAACAAAUCUCUACUUAAUGGCUGUUUCGUCUCAAAGAGAAGUUAUGAAGCUCUGUCCUCAGUUCUCAGAUGUCAGUCCUCUAGGCUGAGAGAGCUUGACCUGAGUAACAACAACCUUCAGGAUUCCGGUGUGAAACUUCUGUUUGCUGCAUUGCAAAGUCCACAUUGUAAACUGGAAAGUCUGAGAAUGAGUGUCUGUAACCUUUCAGAGAGAAAUUGUGAAGCUUUAUCCUUAGUUCUGAGCUCUCAGUCCUCUAGUCUGAAAGAGUUGGACCUGAGUGACAACAACCUAGAAGAUUCAGGAGUGAAGCUUCUGUGUGCUGGAGUUGAGAGUCCACACUGUACACUGGAAAGUCUCAGUCUGUCAUGCUGUCUGAUCACAGAAGAAGGCUGUACGUCUCUGGCUUCAGUUCUGAGCUCUAAUCCCUCCCAUUUGAGAGAGCUGGACCUGAGCUACAAUCAUCCAGGAGACUCAGGAAUGAAGCUGCUGUUGGCUGGACUAAAGGAUCCCCGCUGGAAACUGGACACACUAAGGUAUGAAGAGAAUGUCUGA